GUGGUGUGCCACAAACUUCACUCCGUGCCACUUAGGGAAGGACUGGAAGAACUGAAUGUCUGCCAGCCAGUAUAAAGGUGAGCAGGAAGAAGCCUCAAGUUCCCUAAACCAUCAGCAGGUGCCCUGCCUGGGUGUUUGUCCUGAGAAAGGCAGGGCAGAAGAAUCUCCUGAAGCCUACAAGUGAAACAUUCAGGACCAGAUCCCUCCCUGCCAGAGCUGGAAAUAGAAGAGGCACUGAUCUCCCUGCUCCUGCUUGCUGUGCUCCAGUAAACGACAGCUGAAGGUGAUUUUGGCUGCCCACAUCUGUGCUACCUGUCUUGCUGCACUUGCAGAGAUCAGCCAGAAAAUAAAUGUUCUGGCCUGUAAGACACACACUGGUACAAAAAAGUACUCUGUCACCUGAGAACAAGAAGCCAGAUUUUCUGAGAUCCAGUGCUCCUGGUAUCCUAAAUGAGAAGAAUUAAGGAGUCCAGGGAAUGCUGGAAUCUAAAGUUUAUUGGUAUAGACUUACACCUGGGAAAACUCAAUAUGAAGUUACUUCUCCCUAGUGAAUGCUUCUAAUCAGGGGUGAAAGAGAAGACACCUGUAUGUUUUCAGCCUUUCAACUCAGGUCUGAGAAGUUGUUGGAAAGUUUCCUGCAGCCUGAAAUGACAGAGAGCCUUGUAAAAAGGACACCCCUAUUUCACACCCAAGGAAUAUUGUUUAAUAGGUAUUAAUCUGAAGAAGUAUAUUUUACAAUAAAGUUUUUGACAGACUACCAACCUUCUGAACACCCAGAGAGCAUUUAAUUUUUGUCUGAUCAGAAGCACCUAAUGUCACUGCAUAUUCUACAAUGGAAAUUGUGAGACAAAUACAAAGUUUUGGCAUCUGUGUUACCUGUACAUACCCUGUAGCAUCUGGUGUGGUGUUUGCCACUCUUCUAGUUUCUUGCUGCUCAUCUUUGAACAUAAGAGCUCGUCCACUUGUUUCUAAUUCACCUUUUCUUUCUAUCUGGAAUGCUCCUACAGAACUUUGUACUAAAAAGACUGGAGUGCAGCUGGACAUGAAAUUUUUUUCUCUGAUUGGAAGUACACUAAAGACAUCCAUUGGGCAAAACGUCACUCUCUUCUAUCCAGACAGGCUUGGAUACUACCCUCACAAAAAUGAAGUCACAGGAGAGGCAUUUAAUGGAGGACUCCCUCAACUCUCACUGCUGGAGAAUCAUUUAAAAAAAGCCAAAGAGGACAUCCAGUUCUACAUUCCUUCAGAUGAACAGCUUGGAUUGGCUGUCAUUGACUGGGAAAACUGGAGACCUCUGUGGAUAAGGAACUGGGGAUCAAAAGAUAUUUAUAGACAGGAAUCCAUUGAGUUAGUUCAGCAGAGAGACCUCAGUCUAUCGGAAGCCGAAGCCAGAACUAAAGCUAAAAUGGAAUUUGAAUCUGCAGCAAAAUCCUUUAUGCUGGAAACUUUGAAGCUGGGCAUAGAAACGAAACCAAAUCGUCUGUGGGGAUAUUACCUUUUUCCAGACUGUUAUAACUAUGAUUACAAAAAAAACCCCCACAAUUAUACAGGAGCCUGUUUAGAUAUUGAAAUAGAAAGAAAUAAUGAGCUUAAAUGGUUGUGGGAGAAAAGCACAGCACUUUAUCCAUCUAUCUAUCUAGAGACAGCCUUAAAAUCUUCCAGAAAUGCUCAACUCUUUGUUCGCAACAGAGUUCAGGAAGCCAUUAGAAAUUCCUAUGUCUCUAACUCUAGACAUCCCCUUCCAGUUUUUGUAUAUACACGUCCAGUAUUCACAGAUGUCUCUGAGGAAUAUCUCUCUGAGCAUAUUUUCCUUCAGGAAGACCUGGUAAAUACCAUUGGAGAAUCUGCUGCACUGGGUGUUUCUGGAAUUGUGAUUUGGGGUGGUAUGAAUUUAACAAAAAAUAAGAACACCUGUAGAACUCUGGACAACUACGUCAGGAGGACUUUGACCCCAUACCUCAUCAACGUCACAAUGGCAGCCAGAAUAUGUAGCCAAGUGCUAUGCCAAGACUCUGGUGCUUGUGCACGGAAAAAAUGGAAUUCCAGUGACUAUCUUCACUUGAACCCUAAGAAUAUUGCAAUUCAAAUGACAAAGGAUGGAAAAUACACUUUACAAGGGCAACCAUCAUAUCGGGAUCUGCAAACAUUCAUAGAAAAAUUUGAUUGCCAUUGUUAUGCAGGGCACAGCUGUGAACCUAGUCCUGAUAUAAAUGACAUCCAUUACCUCCAUGCUUGCAUUUCAGAAGAUAUUUGCAUUCAGAUAUCCUCAAAUUCUGAGAAUAUCCUUGUUGCAGAAAGGCCCAUUUGUCGGGGAUGAGCCAUUUGUCGGGUGCAGGGAAAACUCGGGGCUCAAUAUGAGUCAUCAACAAGUUGCGUCCAUUGAAGAGAGCAUCAGACACCCACACAGCAAGCAAUAAGCCCAUGAACACUCUGCAAGCCAUGCGAUCCACUGGCCAAACCACGCCACCAACUCCCCCCCGCUCCCCUGGGCCCACACUCCCCACUCCCCACGUCUCUCUGUCCACCCGCCACCACACCCAGCUAGGCCCAAGGACACGCCACCCCGCAGGUGCAGGACUUGGAAUGAGCCACGGCCCUGCACUCUUCCAGUCUCCAGCCAGCCAAAAUCCCAACAUCUCCCUUUCUUGGCUUCCAGUUGUUUGGUCUUGCCAAUACUCACAACUCAUCUGCUCUGCUGCUGGCAACUAUAUACAUUCACGAAUGAGACGGGGCACUCUGAACUAGUGUCGUGAGUUAUUUAUUCAGCACAUCAGUCUCAGUACAUUGUUAGGACAAUGGAGACAGAUUAUGUUAACAGCUCUCUGAUCUAAAGGGAAUGCUUGGGACGUGUUACAUUACAGCAUAGCAUAAAGCCAUCUCAACUUAGGUUUCAGCUAAUCACACAUAGAGCAAAACAUGUUGACAAAAAUUCUAUCUAAUCAUAUGAAACAUAUGUAAUGGUAGUUAACACAAUGCCUUGUUCAUGAGAGACAAAGCACAGAGACUCAUUCAUACUAACUUUCUAAAGAUAUACAUUAAAUAACUUUGUUGCAAUUUAUAAAGACAUUACAAAAGUCUAUUGUGCUAUUUCUCUAUGCUACUGCUUAGAAAACUUUUUGCUGUAUUAGCAAUGUUCACAAAUCUGCUCUCAGAGGCCUGCUUUUUUAACCACUUUCACAAAACCCUCUAAUUUUAUGAAUCUCAGCCCGCUCUGCCUGUGCAUUCCCUGCAGCACAGGUCACCAGUCCUAAUUUCUCCAUGCAGCCAUCCCUAGGAACUGGAUAGGGUUGUAUGUGCCAUGUAGACAAAAGUCUGUGCAUGGGACUGUGUGCCUUGUUAUUCCUGAGGAGCCUCUUUGGUAAAAAGAGACUCCUCAUUUUGCUCCUUAGGAAAACCCAGCAGUGGAGGCAGAAAGAUAAGUGUCACUGGAGACCUGAGACAAUCUCAGGACCACCUUUCUGAUUCAGUUUGCUGACAGAACUGAAAGUAUUUGCUUAAUACUAUUCCAUUGCCAAAAGCAUUAUGAAAGUAGCAGAGAUACCUCAGAAGAAAACUACUUUCAGUAUCAUAUCAGGACUCUAGUUAUGAUUAACAUAUAGUCAGUUAAAGCAUUUAGAAGCAAUUAGCUGCAGUUUAUUUGAUAAAAUAACAUUUUCAAAUUAUUAUGUCAGACACCUAAUAGACAGUUGGCUUUCCGAUGGGUGAAGAGUGGCUGCCGGCAUGGAUACAUUAAAAAUCUCCCCAGAGCCAGGCAUGAUCUGUAUAAAUAAUUCACCAUCUCUCACAGAUAUAGCCUGCCUCACUAAUGAAAAUAACCAGGAUUUCAAUAUAGUGGUCAUUUACUUAUAAAAAGUUCAUUCCUUAAUCUAGCAGAAAACACAUAUUAUUAUAUCCAUUUUCUUUGAAUUUUCAGGUUGUUGGUCAUAAUAGAGAUGCAGAAAAAAUAGAUGAAGCCUUUAGACUUAACAUGGAGAAAUAAUGUUUUAUGGCUUUUGAAGAGCAAGUUAUCAAGAGGAAGUAACAAUUUUCUCAUCCCAGUUACAGUGGUAAGUCCAUGAAUCAAAGCUGUUUCUGCCAUUACAGUUCCAAGUGGAAUCAUGAAUAAAAAUAUAUAUGUGCAGCAGACUGUUCAGCACAAAAGAGUCCAUCUGGUUUUGAUCACCUGUGCAAAAGCAUGCUUUUUUCCACUGAAGCUUUGAUAUUGGUUAUUUCAUCCUGGGCAAAGAAAAGGCUUGGUAUCAUAACUCCUGUGCCUGAUCUCCCUUCACACUGCAUUUAUGGUAACUAUCAAACGGUGUCUAAAAACUGGAAAUAUCACUAGUAAUGCCUUAACAAAACUUGUAUGACUUAUAUGAAAUUCUAUUUUUUUUCACAACACUUUGACAUGGCUAAACUGAAAGAUACUGGAUCUGAGCACUUUAUGGUAAGACAGCUUGCAGGUUCAAAAAGUCUGCAGGUCUUGCCAUGAAUACUUUUGACUAUCAGCCAGGUAAUAUCACGCACAACAUUUGUGAUGAUUCAAGCAGGAAAUCAUCAAAAAAGGAGGAAUGAGAAGAAAAAAAACACAGAAGAGUUGAAACAGAGCACCCAGGACCUCCCAAUGGAUGCAGAGGAAGUGAACUGCAGAAAUGAAAGAGUGAAGCAGUAGGGAAUGUGGACAGACCAGUCUCUUCCCACUCAGCAUUUUUAUCUACCUGUUACUUAAUAUUGACAACCUUUCCCCAAGGCUCACUGCAAAGAUGAAGGAACACACUAACUGAUACAUUAGACCUAUUCAUCCAAUCCCAUACCUUUUUUUUCUUGAGAACAGCCAGGACCAGGAAAGUAAAAGGAAGAUGAGAGGAAAGCACUCUAUUGCAAUGAACUGUGCCUUCCUAAGCUGCACGUGUAGCUAUCUACCUUGUGCUCUGAUGCACAGUGCUUUGCCAGCCACCAUUCAAAUGUUCAUUCAGGAUUAUUUAUGUUACCUAUGAGUAUCUGCAAUUCAUGCUUUAAAUCCUACAGACUUCAGGAUUUAGGUCUGCUAUGUGUUAAAUUACAGUAUUUUCCAAAUAUAUUAUUUUUCUCUUAUUAUAUUUGUCUUACCUAUAUUCUAUGAUAAAGAGUCACCAUGGAGUCAGUGAGUUUCCAUGGAGUAAAAGUAAAAAAGAAAGAAAGGAGUGCUAUGGCUUGGAUUGCUGGUGACUGUCAUAUAUUCAAAGACAAAUUUAUUUUCUCCUAAGUGGACUCUGUUCCAAAGAGAUUUUCUUCUAUUCACUGUAUUGCCUGUAAUCAUAA